AUGGCGCGCGUGUCAGGCCUCCUCCUUGUUCUUGCGUUGCUUGUGGGCCCGAGCUCCGCCUUCAAGGUCAUUGAGGGCAGCGCGGGCGUCAGCAAGUAUGCCACCAAGCUCAAGAAGAGUGGCAUCAAGGACGUCAUCCUGACCGCGCGGCCACAAGAGAGUCUCACUGAGGGCGAGCUGCCAAAGUCCUGGGACUGGCGCAACGUCGAUGGCAAAAACUACCUCUCUCCCGUCCGCAACCAGCACAUCCCGGUCUACUGCGGCGGCUGCUGGGCGUUCGCCUCGACCUCUGCCCUGGCCGACCGCGCCAACAUCGUCCGCGGCGGCGCGUUCCCGCUCGCAGUGCUGUCGGUGCAGAACGUGGUCGACUGCAGCAAGGGCGGCAAUUGCAUCGACGGCGGCGAGGACAAGCUGGUGUACGCGUACGCCUUCAGGCAGGGCAUCCCCGCCGACACCUGCAACUCGUUCGUGGCGCACAACCAGGCCUGCAACCACAAGCACCAGUGCUACACCUGUGAGUCCAACGGGAAGUGCGCCCCGGUCUACGACUACAAGAGGCUGGUUGUGAGUGAGUACGGCAGCCUCCAGGGCCGCCUGGCCAUGAAGGCCGAGAUCUACAGGAGGGGGCCCAUCUCGUGCGCCAUCCAGUCCACCCGGGAGCUGGAUGACUACAAGGGCGGCGUGUUUGCCCAGAAGCUGCAGAAGAUCGAGCUGAACCACGUAGUCAGCGUCGUGGGCUGGGACAAGGUCGACGGGGAAGAGGUCUGGAUAGUGCGCAACAGCUGGGGCGAGCCCUGGGGCGAGGGCGGCUUCUACCGCACCCCCACCUCCGGCUUCGACGGCGGCAACGGCGCCAACAUGAACCUGGGCAUCGAGCUGGACUGCGCCUUUGGCGCCGUCGACCGCUGGGCCAACGCCCGUGACCUAGGCUUCCCUGCCAGCGCUGACGAGGACGACGAGAUAGCGCCCUCCAGGCGCGCCACCCCCGAAGCUGCCGCUGCUGCUACGCGCGUCGCUGCGUCGUAG